GACUCUCCUCGCCACUUUCAGGCGAAGGGUUCAGGCCGAGCAAGCCGAGCGACGAGUUCAGCUGAUGCAACCUAACUCGGCCCGCGUGACAGUUCCCGGCACGCGGCGGCGGCGGCGACCGAGGAAGCGGCGCGGUGCCGGGCUAAGCGCGGGAGAUAGGGGCGGCGGAGCCAUGGGGGACGCUCCGAGCCCUGAAGAGAAGCUGCACCUUAUCACCCGGAACCUGCAGGAGGUUCUAGGGGAAGAUAAGCUGAAGGAGAUACUCAAGGAGCGGGAACUUAAAGUUUACUGGGGAACAGCAACCACAGGCAAGCCACAUGUGGCUUACUUCGUGCCUAUGUCUAAGAUUGCAGACUUCUUGAAAGCAGGAUGUGAGGUAACGAUUCUGUUUGCGGACCUUCAUGCAUACUUGGAUAACAUGAAAGCUCCAUGGGAACUUCUAGAACUCCGAACCAGCUACUAUGAGAAUGUGAUCAAGGCAAUGCUGGAAAGCAUUGGUGUGCCCUUGGAAAAGCUCAAGUUCAUCAAAGGCACUGAUUACCAGCUCAGCAAAGAGUACACGCUAGAUGUGUACAGACUCUCCUCCGUGGUCACACAGCACGAUGCCAAGAAAGCUGGGGCUGAGGUGGUAAAGCAGGUGGAGCACCCUUUGCUGAGUGGUCUGCUGUACCCCGGAUUACAGGCAUUAGAUGAAGAGUAUUUGAAAGUAGAUGCCCAAUUUGGAGGUGUUGAUCAGAGAAAGAUUUUUACCUUUGCAGAGAAGUAUCUCCCUGCGCUUGGCUACUCAAAACGGGUCCAUCUGAUGAAUCCUAUGGUUCCGGGAUUAACUGGCAGCAAAAUGAGUUCCUCAGAAGAGGAGUCCAAGAUUGAUCUCCUAGACCGGAAGGAAGAUGUGAAGAAAAAAUUGAAGAAGGCCUUCUGUGAGCCAGGGAAUGUGGAGAACAAUGGAGUUUUGUCUUUCAUCAAGCAUGUCCUCUUUCCUCUCAAGUCCGAGUUUGUGAUCCUUCGAGAUGAGAAAUGGGGUGGAAACAAAACCUAUACCGUUUACUUGGACCUAGAAAAGGACUUUGCUGAUGAGGUUGUACACCCUGGAGACCUCAAGAAUUCUGUCGAAGUCGCCCUGAACAAGUUGUUGGAUCCUAUCCGGGAAAAGUUUAAUACUCCUGCACUGAAGAAACUGGCCAGUGCUGCCUACCCAGAUCCCUCGAAGCAGAAGCCAGUUGCCAAAGGCCUUGCCAAAAAUUCAGAACCAGAGGAGGUCAUCCCAUCCCGGCUGGAUAUCCGUGUGGGGAAAGUCAUCAGUGUGGACAAGCACCCAGAUGCAGACAGCCUGUAUGUGGAGAAGAUUGAUGUGGGAGAAGCUGAACCCCGGACUAUCGUGAGCGGCCUGGUACAGUUUGUGCCCAAGGAGGAAUUGCAGGAUAGGCUGGUGGUGGUGCUGUGCAAUCUGAAACCCCAGAAGAUGAGAGGCAUCGAGUCCCAAGGCAUGCUUCUUUGUGCCUCUAUGGAAGGAGUAAACCGCAAAGUUGAGCCUCUGGACCCUCCUGCAGGCUCUGCUCCUGGGGAACGAGUGUUUGUGAAGGGCUAUGAGAAGGGCCAACCAGAUGAAGAGCUCAAGCCCAAGAAGAAAGUCUUUGAGAAGUUGCAGGCUGAUUUUAAAACCUCUGAGGAUUGCAUUGCACAGUGGAAGCAAACCAACUUCAUGACCAAGCUGGGGUGCGUCUCCUGUAAAUCACUGAAAGGAGGGAACAUCAGCUAGCUAAUCCAGCAUCCUGCUCCCUUCUCCUGUCACCCUGAGUCAUCUGCUGUCUCAGUUUGCUCCGUCCUUCUUCACCCCAUUUCCCCAUCUCCCAGGACACCAAAGCAGGAAGUUUGGGACUUUAUUAGGUGUGGAACUCAGUAAGCGGCAGCUCAAUCUCCCCAGAAUCCAGAAACAUCCUGUCGGGGCUGCUGUGGUGAGCCACUGAUCUCCUGGGUAGUAUUGAGGUCGGGGCAGCAGCAGGGAGUCCAGCUCUACCUUCUUCCCCUGGCAGCUGACUGGAGAAACCUGGUUUCAAUAUAACUCAUAGAAAAGGUUUCUGCCACAGUCCUUCUAAUUGGAAAAAUAUUGGUUCCCAUGUUUUCCUAGAGUUAUCCCAGCAGCUGUGCCUCUGUCUGGGAUCUGGUGCCUGAACUGGGGUAAUUACAGCCUUUCCCCAACAGGAAAUUGUGGGAUUCAAAAAGGAAAGGGAGGGGAAGACAGAGAACCUAGUGGUCUACCAAGUGGUGGGCAGCUUUCCCCAGUGCCUGCCAACCCUGAGGCUUGAGGCUUGGCACUGGGGGCAGGGCCUGCCCUGGGGCUCCUGUGAUUCUUUUCCCUUGAUCCUGCUGGGUUGAGACAUUCCCUAAACCAGCUGUGGGUUAAUAUCAGAAGUAGGGCAGAUGUGCAGCCUGAAUCUUUCUUCAGAGAGGGUGGGGUACUUCUCCAUAAGGCAUCAAUCAGAAUCACUAUCACUGUCAUGAAUUCAAAUAAACUGUCUGAACAAGA